AUGGUGUUGACGUUGGUGGAGGCGAACGAGGCAUACGGCACCAAGGAGUAUUGGGACCGGCGAUACAGCCAGGAGCCCGAGAACGCGUCGUUUGACUGGUUCAAGUCCUACGCGGACGUUGCACCCAUCUUCCGCGAACUCAUCCACGACAAGGGCGCACGCAUCCUCAUGCUCGGAUGCGGCAACUCCAAGCUCUCGGAGGAGAUGUACGAUGACGGAUAUAGGAACAUCGUCAACAUUGACUACUCCGGCGUUCUCAUUUCCAAAAUGCACCAUCGCUACGCCUCCACGCGACCCGAGAUGGAAUGGCACGAAAUGGACAUCCGCUCCCUAACCUUCCCCUCCGCCUCAUUCGACAUCGCAAUCGACAAGGGCACAAUGGACGCCAUGAUGACCGCCAAAGGCGACGUCUGGGAUCCCCCCGAAGAGGUCGUCCAAAGCUGCGACCGCGAAGUUGACGAGGUCCUCCGGGUGCUCCGCCCUGGCGGGACGUUCAUUUAUCUCACCUUCGGCCAGCCCCACUUCCGGCGGCGCUACCUCACUCGCCCAAAUACCACUCUCGAGGUGCGCGCUCUGGGCGAGGCGUUCCAUUACUACCUCUACAUUCUCAGGACCACCGCUUGA